GCGGCUGAAAAGCGCCAACUCAAAAACACGAAGUGACAGAUGAUGUCACUUCAUCUGUUUAUGAACGGUGAACAAUCUGGGAACUUACAAUGGAAGAACUAUUUAGCAAAGUGUUGCAAGUGAACGUCAGGUGUCGAGACUGCGAGGAGAGGAAAUUGAACAUCCGGGUCACUAUUGAGCUGCAGUUGACAACAAGUCCAGUGCACAAAAGAGACCUUCUUGUGAGAUUAACAGAUGAUGCCGAUCCAUAUUUUCUCUUCAACCUCUCAAUAUCAGAAGAAGAUUUUCAAAGCUUAAAGGUUCAGCAAGGCCUGCUCAUAGACUUUGCAUCUUUCCCUCAGAAGUUCAUUGACCUGCUGAAUCUAUGUUCUUCGGAGCAAGGCUCAGAGAAUCCCAGGUUCCUCCUGCAUUUGUCAUGCCAGUCUGCAUCACUGGAAGGUCCUGCAAACUUCAGUGUUGUAGAGACAAAUGCAUUCAAACACCUGAACCAUUUGUCUUUGCGACUCACUCAAGGAUCCGACAAGCAUGUCAGAGACUACCUGGCAGCAUGUCUCUCUUCUCUCAAGAUAGAAAAACAAGCCCUGGAGACCAAGCUCAAGAAAACUGAGGAGGAUCUCAGCAGGCAGCUGAGUUAUGCUCAGCAGACGCUGUCGGAGAAGACAAGAGAGUUGGACAAACUGCGGUCUGAGUGGACGACUCAGACUAGCUCUCUGUCCAGCCGACAUUCAAAUGAGCUGCAGUCAGAAAGAGAAAAGGCUUUAGAGUUACAGAGCAAGCUGCAGCAACAGACAGAGCAGCUCCGCCAGGAGUUGGAGAGUUCUCAUCGAAAGAAUAGCCAGCAGCUCCAGAGCAGACUGUCAGAAAUGGAAUCUUCCUGCAGAGACCUGACCGAGAGGAAGUACAAGAAUGAGUCUGCCAUCAGAGACCUCAAGAUCAAACUUGUGGGUGCAGAAGAGGAGUGCCAGCGUUCGAAGCAGCAGCUACUGACUCUGAGGAGAGAGAACAGCAGUUUGGACACUGAAGUCCACGAGAAGGAGCGACUGGUCAGCCAGCUCCAGUUGAGAGUGGCUGUCCUAGAACAAGAGAGCAAGGAUAAGGAUCAGCUGAUGGGCCGAACAAAAGAGGUGCUGGAAGCCACUCAGAGGCAGAAGGAGACAGCAGAAGAGGCUGCUGAAAUGAAAGAACUGCAGAUGAAGAAACUAGAAUCUACAGUCAAGUCCCUAUCUGAGGAGCUGAUAAAGGCCAAUGGCAUUAUUAAGAAGCUGCAGGGCGAGGUCAGAGGCCUGGUGGGGAAAAUUAAAAUGAAGAACACAGUGACGGUGUCGCAGGAGAAGGUGCUGCAGGAAACCACCGGAAAGCUUCAGAAUGUUGAGAAGGAUCUGCAGAGUGCCCAGCAGCAGCUCACCAACAAGGAUGAACAGGUCUGUAAGCUCAAGGAGCAGCUAGAAGCAACGGUUCAAAAGCUAAAUGAAAGUAAAGAAGUCCUGAAAACCAAUGAGAAUGUUAUUAGUUGGCUAAAUAAGCAGCUGAAUGAAAAGCUGCUGACCAAGAAGCCUGAAGGUUUAGACAACCCUGCUCCCUUACCUGCCACCGCUGGACUUCGGGCGCAGUUUUACCCCCAGUCUCUGAAACCAGUUGGGACCCCAAUGACGGUGGUUGGUCCUGCUUCUGCUGAGCCUCGGACCGUGCAGUCAGUUAGCAAACACAUAGGAGAAGCUGUGGGGCUGGACUCUAAAUACUUUGAGAGAAGAGAUGACAGCAUACCAGUCUACGGUCUGCCCUCCAAUCUUCUGCCCAAAGACUUGCCUCAGAGAACCAAACCUCCGGUGCCCUCGGCUUAUUUUUCUGCCUGAAGCAGCAGUGACAUGUGAGCUCCAGGUGAAAGCCCAACGGACACAAAAACACGUGGGAGUGAAGUCUGUGGUUUUGUGUUCCGCUCUGGAUAACACUGAUGUAUUAAUGUGUACAAAGUAGAGUCUAUACUUACUGGUGACAUUCUUAUCUAUUCGCAAGUUUUUAUUUAAUAAACUUCUCUUUCUCUGGUGCACUUCUCAUUAUUGUAUCUUAAAUAGGACUGAUAAGAACAAAGUAAAACACUUGA